CUAUAACUGGAGAUCACAGAGUCUCACUCAGCAUCAAGACAGGAUGGAACUCACACCAGUCUGCUGGCUAAUCUGUUAGUAGUCUACUCUUUCCACCUCUAGGGGGGGGUCAGGGUCUCAGUGUGUCAGAACAGGAAGGAGGUGGAGUAGGGUCUGUAAGUCUAUAACUGGAGAUCACAGAGUCUCACUCAGCAUCAAGACAGGAUGGAACUCACACCAGUCUGCUGGCUAAUCUUGCUGUUGAGGACACUGGUAUACUCUAGCCUCGGACAAGGAGGAGAUCUCUCUCUUCCAGCCUCUCUGGUUGUCAGUCCUGACAGAUCUCAGUUCUUUGAACAUGAGUCUGUCUCUCUGAACUGUGAGGUUCAGGGGAACUCUGCUGGAUGGAGAGUGGUGAGGAACCCAGUCUCUGGGGAGCGUUCAGAUUGUGGAAGUAAAUGGGGAAAACAACAAGGGUCUUCAUGCAACGCGGCACUAAUAUCAUCAGACAGUGGAGUGUACUGGUGUGAGUCUGGGUCUGGAGAACACAGCAAUGCUGUCAACAUCACAGUACAUGCUGGUGCUGUGAUCCUGGAGAGCCCUGCCCUUCCUGUGACUGAGGGAGAUUCAGUGACUCUGCGCUGCAGAUAUCAGAGAACUCCCUCUAACCUCACAGCUGAUUUCUACAAAGAUGGAUCCCUCAUCAGGACUGAGACUACAGGAGAGAUGACCAUCCCUGCAGUAUACAAGUCAGAUGAAGGACUCUACAAGUGUACCAACUCUGAAGGAGAAUCACCAGAGAGCUGGAUGACUGUGACAGAUCUCUCUCUUCCAGCCUCUCUGGUUGUCAGUCCUGACAGAUCUCAGUUCUUUGAAUAUGAGCGUGUCUCUCUGAGCUGUGAGGUUCAGGGGAACUCUGCUGGAUGGAGAGUGGUGAGGAAUCCAGUCUCUGGGGAGCGUUCAGAUUGUGGAAGUAAAUGGGGAAAACAACAAGGGUCUUCAUGCAACGUGUCACUAAAAUCAUCAUACAGUGGAGUGUACUGGUGUGAGUCUGGGUCUGGAGAACACAGCAAUGCUGUCAACAUCACAGUACAUGCUGGUGCUGUGAUCCUGGAGAUCCCUGCCCUUCCUGUGACUGAGGGAGAUUCAGUGACUCUGCGCUGCAGAUAUCAGGGAACUCCCUCUUACCUCACAGCUGAUUUCUACAAAGAUGGAUCCCUCAUCAGGACUGAGACUACAGGAGAGAUGACCAUCCCUGCAGUAUCCAAGUCAGAUGAAGGACUCUACAAGUGUACCAACUCUGAAGGAGAAUCACCAGAGAGCUGGAUGACUGUGACAGAUCUCUCUCUUCCAGCCUCUCUGGUUGUCAGUCCUGACAGAUCUCAGUUCUUUGAAUAUGAGUCUGUCUCUCUGAGCUGUGAGGUUCAGGGGAACUCUGCUGGAUGGAGAGUGGUGAGGAACCCAGACAGAGGAAACCUUUCAGAGUGUAAUACUGACUGGGGAAAACAACAAGGGUCUUCAUGCAACGUGUUACUAAUAUCAUCAGACAGUGGAGUGUACUGGUGUGAGUCUGGGUCUGGAGAACACAGCAAUGCUGUCAACAUCACAGUACAUGCUGGUGUUGUGAUCCUGGAGAGCCCUGCCCUUCCUGUGACUGAGGGAGAUUCAGUGACUCUGCGCUGCAGAUAUCAGGGAACUCCCUCUAACCUCACAGCUGAUUUCUACAAAGAUGGAUCCCUCAUCAGGACUGAGACUACAGGAGAGAUGACCAUCCCUGCAGUAUCCAAGUCAGAUGAAGGACUCUACAAGUGUACCAACUCUGAAGGAGAAUCACCAGAGAGCUGGAUGACUGUGACAGAUCUCUCUCUUCCAGCCUCUCUGGUUGUCAGUCCUGACAGAUCUCAGUUCUUUGAAUAUGAGUCUGUCUCUCUGAGCUGUGAGGUUCAGGGGAACUCUGCUGGAUGGAGAGUGGUGAGGAACCCAGACAGAGGAAACCUUUCAGAGUGUAAUACUGACUGGGGAAAACAACAAGGGUCUUCAUGCUCCGUGUUACUAAUACCACCAGACAGUGGAGUGUACUGGUGUGAGUCUGGGUCUGGAGAACACAGCAAUGCUGUCAACAUCACAGUACAUGCUGGUGCUGUGAUCCUGGAGAUCCCUGCCCUUCCUGUGACUGAGGGAGAUUCAGUGACUCUGCGCUGCAGAUAUCAGGGAACUCCCUCUUACCUCACAGCUGAUUUCUACAAAGAUGGAUCCCUCAUCAGGACUGAGACUACAGGAGAGAUGACCAUCCCUGCAGUAUCCAAGUCAGAUGAAGGACUCUACAAGUGUACCAACUCUGAAGGAGAAUCACCAGAGAGCUGGAUUACUGUGACAGAUCUCUCUCUUCCAGCCUCUCUGGUUGUCAGUCCUGACAGAUCUCAGUUCUUUGAAUAUGAGUCUGUCUCUCUGAGCUGUGAGGUUCAGGGGAACUCUGCUGGAUGGAGAGUGGUGAGGAACCCAGACAGAGGAAACCUUUCAGAGUGUAAUACUGACUGGGGAAAACAACAAGGGUCUUCAUGCAACGUGUUACUAAUAUCAUCAGACAGUGGAGUGUACUGGUGUGAGUCUGGGUCUGGAGAACACAGCAAUGCUGUCAACAUCACAGUACAUGCUGGUGCUGUGAUCCUGGAGAUCCCUGCCCUUCCUGUGACUGAGGGAGAUUCAGUGACUCUGCGCUGCAGAUAUCAGGGAACUCCCUCUAACCUCACAGCUGAUUUCUACAAAGAUGGAUCCCUCAUCAGGACUGAGACUACAGGAGAGAUGACCAUCCCUGCAGUAUACAAGUCAGAUGAAGGACUCUACAAGUGUACCAACUCUGAAGGAGAAUCACCAGAGAGCUGGAUGACUGUGAUGACAGAGACAGAUCUCUCUCUUCCAGCCUCUCUGGUUGUCAGUCCUGACAGAUCUCAGUUCUUUGAAUAUGAGUCUGUCUCUCUGAGCUGUGAGGUUCAGGGGAACUCUGCUGGAUGGAGAGUGGUGAGGAACCCAGACAGAGGAAACCUUUCAGAGUGUAAUACUGACUGGGGAAAACAACAAGGGUCUUCAUGCAACGUGUUACUAAUAUCAUCAGACAGUGGAGUGUACUGGUGUGAGUCUGGGUCUGGAGAACACAGCAAUGCUGUCAACAUCACAGUACAUGCUGGUGCUGUGAUCCUGGAGAUCCCUGCCCUUCCUGUGACUGAGGGAGAUUCAGUGACUCUGCGCUGCAGAUAUCAGAGAACUCCCUCUAACCUCACAGCUGAUUUCUACAAAGAUGGAUCCCUCAUCAGGACUGAGACUACAGGAGAGAUGACCAUCCCUGCAGUGUCCAAGUCAGAUGAAGGACUCUACAAGUGUACCAACUCUGAAGGAGAAUCACCAGAGAGCUGGAUGACUGUGAUGACAGAGACAGCUGGUGCUGUGAUCCUGGAGAGCCCUGCCCUUCCUGUGACUGAGGGAGAUUCAGUGACUCUGCGCUGCAGAUAUCAGGGAACUCCCUCUAACCUCACAGCUGAUUUCUACAAAGAUGGAUCCCUCAUCAGGACGGAGACUACAGGAGCGAUGACCAUCCCUGCAGUAUCCAAGUCAGAUGAAGGACUCUACAAGUGUACCAACUCUGAAGGAGAAUCACCAGAGAGCUGGAUGACUUUGACAGUUCCAUCUCCAGCAGAUCCAGUGUUGUCCAUGUCUCUACCCAGGCUGCUGUGUAUUGUCUACUGUUGGGGUCUCCCUACCUGUUGGUGACCAUCAUACUGCUGGUGAAAUACUGCAGGAGCAGGACUCAAGGUGAUCGUGUUGAAGAAGAGUGAGGCUGAGAUCACCUGAUCACCAUAACAACCAUCAGAAUGGAACUCAUUGGAUUCUAAUAUAGAACUGUGAGACACAAUGCUGUAUGUUUUUACAUUUUACCUCCAUUUGAUCAAAUGUGAUAUAUUAACUGCUAGAUGUAUUUUUCUUAUUUGAAUGUGUUUUAAUAUAUUGUGUGUUGUAUUAUUCAUUCAACAGCUGUCCUUUAACAUCAGUCAUAUACUGGUCAUAUACUGUAUAGCAUUAUGGUUGAUACAUUGUAAAUGCCUUAACUUUUCAUGUCUAAACAGAUAAACUGAUCGGUGUUAUGGUUCAGACAUUAUUGUUACAGGUUCAGUAUAAUGUUAUACCGUUACAUGUUACAGAGUUAGAAAACAUACAGGAGAGGAGAAUUCAAUUAUUAUAAUGAUUUUCUUUAUUUUCCCAUUUUGGUCUAUAGUAGUUCAGCAUUAUUUUAUUUUAUUUAAACAUUAAACUAAUGUUGCCCUUUUGUUUUAUUGUGGUCGUUUUGUGCAAAACCAUUAUUUUUCAAUUAAUCA